AUGUCCUUCUCGACCUCACAGCCAAUUGUCUAUGCGCAAGACCACAGCCAUGCUGUCCUUCAGACCCACAGCUGGCGCACCGUCGCCAACUCGGCUACCUACCUGCGCCCUUACAUCCAGUCCCACAUGUCCAUCCUAGACGUCGGUUGUGGCCCUGGCAGCAUCACGGUCGACCUGGCCAAACUGGUGCCCCAGGGUCGUGUGGUCGGGAUCGAAUAUACAUCGGACCCUCUGAAGGACGCACGUACCUUUGCCCAACAGCAGGGUGUCACCAAUGCCGAGUUUCAAGUCGGCGAUAUCCACAAACUCGAUUUCCCGGACAACACGUUUGACAUUGUCCAUGCGCAUCAAGUGUUGCAACAUGUGGCCGACCCGGUUCAGGCACUGCGUGAGAUGAAGCGCGUCUGCAAAAAGGAUGGUGGCAUUAUGGCCGUUCGCGAGUCGGCCAAGAUGUUGUGGUACCCCGAGUCGCAAGGUCUGGAGCACUUUUGGGAGGUCGCGACACACAUGGGUCGUCUCAAGGGCAGCAACCCGCACCCGGGCCAUCACCUUCAUGUUUGGGCACAGGAGGCUGGUUUUAUGCGAUCUCAGAUUACCUGCAGCUCGGGCGCGUGGUGCUUCGCCUCUCCAGAGGAGCGCGCGUAUUGGGGUGGGUCAAUGGAGGAGCGCACGUUGUCGUCGGUCUUUGCCGCCAAUGCGACGGAGUUGAACCUGGCGACCCAAGAGGAGCUGAAGGCGAUGGCCAAGGCGUGGAGGACCUGGAUUGAAGAUGACAAUGGUUGGUUCUCGGUGCUUCAUGGCGAGAUCAUCUGCCGCAAGGAGUAG